AUGAAAACUUUGCAUUUUAUUUCUAACAUAGUUUUACUCAAUUUACAGAAGAAACUAUUGGAAGACCCUGUUACCAUUGACAUAGGCAAAAUGCUUGAGAGUUUAUCAGAAAAAACAUCUAAGCCUUGCAUUUCCAAAGUACCUAAUUAUCUUCGUCAGGUAAACGAGAAGGCAUACGAACCACAGGUAAUUUCAAUCGGUCCAUAUCACCGGGGUAAGGAUCACUUAGAAGCAAUGGAAAAGCAAAAGAUUCUCUUUCUUCAAAAGCUUCUUGAAGAAAUAGAAGAGAAUGAUGUUUCAGUGUAUGUGAUGAAAAUGAGAGAAUUAAAAGAUAAAGCUGGCAAAUGGUAUGCACCUGCGAGUGAUCUGGAAACAGAUGAUUUCGUUAAAGUCUUGCUCCUUGAUGUAUGCUAUGACAUGUUAUUAGUCAAAAAUCAACUUCCCUUCUUUGUCCUUUGGGAGUUAUUUUGUAUGAUUGAGAGGAGCAGGCCUGACCAAGAUAUGAUCUUCGUGGAAGCAAUCUUUACGAUAUUCGGCAAUAGAGUACCAGGCAAAAGGCGCCCGGAAGGUGAUCUGAAGUCCCCGAAUUUAUCAGAUAUCAAGCAUUUACUAGACUUCAUGUAUCACUGUUGCUUUCAUCCUUCAACUUCCGCAGUGAGGGCCCGUAAAAAGAAAUUCAGACCCUAUAAUUCAACUUCAGAAAAGAAGGACCGUGAAGAGAACCCUAGAGAUCGGAAUUGCUUUAGAUCAUAUAUCAAGCAUUUACUCGACUUCGCGUAUCAUUGCUGCUUUCAUCCUUCAACUUCGGAAGUGGAGGCCCGUAGAGAAGAUAAUUCAACUUCAGAAAUGAAGGACGGUGAAGCGAACCCUAGAGACCGGAAUUGCUUUAGAUCAUAUAUCAAGCGUUUACUCAACUUAAGUUAUCACAGUUGCUGCCAUCCUUCAACUUCACAAAAAAAGAAUGAAUUGAAUUUCAUACGUUGUGCCACACAGCUCAAAGAGGCUGGAAUCAAAUUCAAAUUGGUCGAUGGAAAUACCAUGUUCGAUAUACGGUUUGAAAAUGGGACUCUACAUAUCCCUGAAAUUAAAAUAGGAGACGAUACGGAACCUUUCCUCCGAAAUCUCAUUGCCUAUGAGCAGCUGUUCCUAGAAGACAGAGAUCUCAAGCAUGCCACCGAUUAUAUGUUAUUUAUGGACUACCUUAUUGACUCUCCAAAAGAUGUGGAAAUACUUUGCCAACAUGGAAUUAUUGAGAACAUGUUAGGUGAUGAUAAAGCAGUUGCCACCAUGAUUAAUUCUCUAGGCUUCCGUGUCGUCAUCUCCCCCAAUUUCUAUUACACUGAAGUAUUCAACAAGAUAAACGAGCAUCGCAGUAGAACUUGGAAUAGAUGGAUGGCGAAAUGGGACAGAUGGAUGGAGAACUUGAAGGACAAGUAUUUUAACAGUCCAUGGGCAUUCAUUUCCUUUCUGGCGGCUUCUCUGAUCCUUUUACUUACACUGCUGCAAACUGUAAUUUCAGUUCUCUCUUAUGCUCAAUGA